UGCCCAUAAAAUUCAUCCAAAGUAACUAAAUCUUCUUGUUACAUUAGUAAUACCCCCACACAAAAAAAAAUGACUACAAAUUUUGCAACUUAUUUGUGCUUUACCUUAGCAAUUCUAGCACUUGCCCAAAUGUGCUAUGCACAAAAUUCACCACAAGACUUUGUUGAUGCCCAUAAUGCUGCUAGGGCUGCAGUGAAUGUUGGUAACAUUCAAUGGGAUGAUCAAGUGGCGGCUUAUGCCCAACAAUACGCCAACCAACGAAUCGGUGAUUGCGCCGGGCAACAUUCUGGAGGGCCCUAUGGAGAGAACAUUGCCGGUGGCGGUAGUGGUGGAUAUGAGUUAAGUGGCAUAGAUGCUGUAAAUAUGUGGGUUAGUGAGAAGGUUAACUAUGACCAUAAUUCCAAUAGUUGUGCUACUAAUAAAGAAUGUAGACAUUAUACUCAAGUGGUUUGGCGUGACUCGAUUCGCCUUGGUUGUGCUAGAGUUUUAUGUAACAGUGGUGGAAUUUUUGUCAUUUGCAACUAUGAUCCACCAGGCAAUUUCAUAGGCUCAAGCCCUUACUAGACUUACAAUUACAAAUAAAACUUAUUAAACUAGAUAAAUGUAAUUCAGCUCACUAGAGCAUUGGUGAUACCGGAUUAGCUAUAUUGAAUAAUCUUUGAUUCCUAUUAUGUAAGGUUGUUUGAAGAAAAAACAGCUAAAUAAAACACAUACUAGUCGAUAUAAAUACUAAAUCAGCUACAAGUUAUUUAACUCAUAUUUAUAAUUAUUAAGUUUAGAUAGUUU